AUGUUCUCCAUGGAGCGAUCACAGUUCUUGACCAGCUUCUCUUUCUGCAGAGUGAGUUCCGAGCGGCGCAAAGAGAAGUCCCGAGAUGCAGCGCGAUGUCGGCGUGGGAAAGAGUCCGAGGUGUUCUACGAGCUGGCUCAGCAGCUGCCUCUGCCCCACAGCGUCAGCUCCAGUUUGGACAAGGCCUCCAUCAUGAGACUCGCCAUCAGCUACCUGCGCAUGAGGAAGCUGCUCAGUGAUGAAGCGACUGCGGAGGAGGAGAGUGAACUGGACUUGCAGCUCAACAGCUCCUUUCUGAAGACGUUGGAUGGAUUCCUCGUGGUGCUAUCAGAAGACGGAGAUAUGAUUUAUCUGUCCGAGAAUGUCAACAAAUGCCUCGGGUUGGCACAGUUUGACCUGACUGGACACAGUGUGUUUGAUUACACUCAUCCAUGUGAUCAAGAGGAGCUGCGGGAGCUUCUGGUCCACAGGACAGGCUCAAAAAAAGCCAAGGAGGCAAACCCAGAGCGGAGCAUUUAUCUGCGAAUGAAAUGCACACUGACCAGCAGAGGGCGCACCGUCAACGUCAAAUCAGCCACAUGGAAAGUGUUGCGCUGCUCCGGACACGUUCGAGUCUUUGAGGACGUGAGUGGACAGAAGGAGCCUCCAGUGCCCUACGUGGUGCUGCUCUGUGACCCCAUCCCCCACCCCUCCAACAUCGAGGUUCCCCUGGACACCAAGACCUUCCUCAGCCGCCACACCAUGGACAUGAAGUUCACCUACUGUGACGAGCGGAUCACGGAGCUGAUGGGAUAUGACCCUGAAGACCUUUUAAACAGAUCGGUCUAUGAAUACUAUCAUGCUCUGGACUCGGACCAUCUCACAAAGACGCAUCAGAACUUGUUUGCCAAGGGGCAAGUGUGCACUGGACAAUACCGCAUGCUGGCCAAGAGAGGAGGCUUUGUGUGGGUGGAGACGCAAGCCACCGUCAUUUAUAACAACAAGAACUCUCAGCCGCAGUGUGUGGUCUGUGUCAACUUUGUACUCAGCGGCAUCGAGGAGCAGCGGAUGAUCCUGUCCCUGGAGCAGACUGACGAGGUGAAGCUAGUGAAGGAGGAGCAUGUGGAGGCCAGGGCAGACUCUGUGGAGGAAAGCAGCCCAGAGGUGGUUCUUCUGGCCAUCACCGACGAGAAGGUCCCUGAACUGGACGUCAUCAAACUGUUCACACAGGCAGAGGCCCAGCCUCAGGUCAGCCUGUAUGACCAGCUCAAGGAGGAGCCUGAGGCCCUCACACUGCUGGCCCCUGCUGCAGGAGACACCAUUAUCUCCCUGGACUUCAGUAGCCCUGACUCUGACAUGCAGCUGUUAAAGGAGGUCUCACUGUACAACGACGUCAUGCUUCCCUCCAGCAGCGACAAACUGGCCCUUCCCCUGUCUCCGCUGCCCCCCAGUGAGCCCCUCUUGGACCCAGUGCCCUCCCCUGAGCUGGUCAAAGCAGAGGGUUACUCUCCUGCUCCAUGCACCACCCACAUCAACCCCUCCCAGGCCAAUCCAACUCCCCUGGAGUUAUCGUUGAUGGAAACAGAUGUUAAUUCUGAAUUUAAAUUGGAUUUUGUUGAAAAAAUGUUUGCUGUUGAUACAGAACCAAAGACUCCAUUUACAAAACAGGCGUUGGAAGACUUGGAUCUGGAAAUGUUGGCUCCAUACAUACCUAUGGAUGAUGACUUUCAGCUGAUAAGCCUGACCGGGGAGCCUCUGGAAAUGCCCUCGGUGCAUGUGACAAAAGAAAGUAGCACUUAUCCAGACUCCUCUUCAGACAACAGCGAGUCUCCAGCUUCUGCUCCUGUCACUAUCUCUCACUUAGCCACUGUAAUCUCUAAGAGAACGGCACAGUUGGAUAAAGAAGUGUCCCUAAGAACACAAGCUGCUGAAAAUGCACAGCGAAAAAGAAAACUGGAUGACAAAGUAAUAGGAAAUAGAGGGUCUGAACCUGCAGAAGGGGAGCGUGUAAAGAAGACUAUUCUACCUUCAGACUUGGCCAGCCGCCUGUUGGGCACUUCAGAGAACUCUUCACCCCUCCUCACGCUGCCUCAGCUCACUCGAUACGACUGUGAGGUGAACGCACCUCUACAGGGCCGCCAGUACCUGCUGCAGGGAGAAGAGCUGCUCAGAGCCCUGGACCAUGUCAACUGA